GAGAAAGGUGUAUUUUGAACUUUGAAGUUUGCAGCUUUCAACAACUUGAAAAGGGAACGUUCGUAAACGAAAAGGAAUUUCUCAUUUUGUUGCGUUGCUUUGCGCGUUCAACUAUUCUCUUCUUCUACAAACUCCUCCGCCGCACACGGUGGUUUCUGACUCACUCCGGCCACCUAGGUUUCACUCCAUUGAAACAGAUUAACCAACUCACCAACCUUUCCUUUCUCUCUCUCUCAGCUGAUUACAAUUCUCAACACACUCUUCUUCUUUUCUUCUUGCUGCCCUCUGGUAUCUCAAUGAUGACACCAGAGCCAUCGAGGGAGUUGGAGAAACUUGAAAUCACAGGUCAUCAUGUCAGGGGGAAUACUGAAUAUGUUAGGCUUGCCAUAUCGGAUGAACCGAGGGCUGUUGAAACUGAAAUGCUACAGCCUCAAGCCGAGUCAAGGCUUAAAUCUUUCAGGUGGUGGAUGAAAGCCUUUGUAUGUUGCGUUGUCACUGUUAUACUUGGACUUGGUUUAGUCAAAUGGGGAGUGCCAUUUGCUUUUGAAAAGGUUCUUUAUCCAAUAAUGGAGUGGGAAGCAACUGCCUUUGGCCGACCAGUUCUUGCCCUUGUGCUUAUUGCUUCUCUAGCUUUAUUUCCAGCAUUAUUAAUCCCUUCGGGCCCUUCCAUGUGGUUGGCUGGGAUGAUUUUUGGUUAUGGCCUCGGCUUUGUUAUAAUAAUGGUUGGGACAACCAUUGGGAUGGUCAUCCCUUACCUGAUUGGACUAAAGUUCCGUGACCGCAUUCAUCAAUGGUUGGAGAAAUGGCCCCAGAACGCUGCAAUGAUUAGGCUUGCUGGGGAAGGGAGCUGGUUCCAUCAAUUUCAAGUAGUUGCUCUAUUUCGAGUUUCGCCUUUUCCCUAUACUAUAUUCAACUAUGCUGUAGUAGUGACAGAUAUGAAGUUUUGGCCCUACUUAAGUGGAUCAAUAGCUGGAAUGGUGCCAGAAGCUUUCCUCUACAUCUACAGUGGUAUAUUAAUAAAGACUUUGGCUGAUGCACAAUACGGGAAGCACCGCCUGACGACAGUGGAAAUCGUAUACAACGUUAUUUCUUUCAUCAUUGCCAUUAUUACCAUUGUUGGCUUCACUGUUUAUGCGAAAAGGACUCUAAAUAAACUGAAAAUAUCAGAGGCGAAUGAAGAAGCUGUGUCUGUCUCAGUUUCUGUUUCCGGGAAUGCUAGUCUUGAGAUGAAGAAGGGUUCCCAUUGAAGUAAAAGAUCUUACAAUACACAUCUAAUUUAUUAUGAUAUCAGUGUUAAUAUUUUAUGUAUCUAACAUUGGUUUAGGAUUACUUUAACUCUUCCAAUUUUAAACCCAUUGUAAUUACCAGAAUCAGCAUGUUGGAUGGAUAAAUAGAUAGAUAGCUCAUAGAAAAGCAGAAGCAGUUUCUCA